UCGCUGUAAGCAAAAAAAUAAGAAACGAAGGAGAAAAAAAGGCUAAGAGGAGGGAUCAACCCGCCGCCACGGCUUUUCUUCUCGAACCCAAAACCCAAUUCUUUCUGUUCUCUUCCCAGCAGCCCAUCCAUCUGGAAUCGGGCCAAUUGACAUCCAAACACGCCGACGGUCUUUCCUGAUCGACCCAUUAUUCGACCUGAAAACAACAAGACCGCACAAGAAACCACCCCCUCAACCCCAGCAAUGGACGCCGUGCUCCGCCAGUCCAAGGCCCUGUGCCCCUUCCUCAACAAGGCGUCGCCCGCCACGCUGCGCGCCCUGUCGACCAAGGCGUCGCCCACCCACCGCCCCCGCCUCUCGCCCUGCGGCGGCACCAUGUCCAAGCUGCAGCUGCUGGCCGGCCGCUGCCCCGUCAUGGGCAAGGCCAUGGCCGUCCAGUCCGCCAAGGUCCGCGCCGGCUCGCUGCCCGUCGGCCUGGCCGGGCUGCACACCUCGCGCAGCAAGGACGCCCGCGCCGUUGACGGGCCCGUAGUCACCCCGCGCGACAACUUCCCCCGGGCCUCUCGUCCGCCACGGCCCGCCCUGCCGCCGCCGCUAGCGUUGCGGCUGCCGCCCAUGCCGCCGCCACGGCCUCGGGUGCCGGCGCGCACGGCGGCGCCAAGUUCUCGUACGAGGGCUUCUACGAGGCGGAGCUGCAGAAGAAGCACAAGGACCGGUCGUACCGCUACUUCAACAACAUCAACCGGCUCGCCAAGGAGUUCCCGCGGGCGCACAUGGCGGACCGCGAGGAGCGCGUGACGGUGUGGUGCGCCAACGACUACCUCGGCAUGGGCCGCAACCGGCGCGUGCUCGACAAGAUGCACGAGACGCUCGACGAGUACGGCGCGGGCGCGGGCGGCACGCGCAACAUCUCGGGCCACAACCGCCACGCCGUCGAGCUCGAGGCCACCAUCGCGCGGCUGCACGCCAAGGAGGCGGCGCUCGUCUUCAGCUCGUGCUACGUGGCCAACGACGCCACGCUCGCGACGCUGGGUUCCAAGAUGCCCGACUGCGUGAUCCUGUCGGACAGCCUCAACCACGCGUCCAUGAUCCAGGGCAUCCGCCACUCGGGCACGCGCAAGGUCGUGUUCAAGCACAACGACGUGGCCGACCUCGAGGCCAAGCUGGCGUCGCUGCCGCUGCACGUGCCCAAGAUCAUCGCCUUCGAGUCCGUCUACAGCAUGUGCGGCUCCGUCGGCCCCAUCGAGGCCAUCUGCGACCUGGCCGACAAGUACGGCGCCAUCACAUUCCUGGACGAGGUGCACGCGGUCGGCAUGUACGGCCCGCACGGCGCCGGCGUGGCCGAGCACCUCGACUUUGAGGCGCACCGGCGCGGCGAGCCCCGCGGCACCAUCCUGGACCGCGUCGACAUCAUCACGGGCACGCUCGGCAAGGCCUACGGCUGCGUCGGCGGCUACAUCGCCGGCUCGUCCAAGCUGGUGGACGCGGUGCGCUCCCUGGCGCCGGGCUUCAUCUUCACCACGUCGUUGCCCCCGGCCACCAUGGCCGGCGCCAGGGCGGCCAUCGAGUACCAGAUGGAGCACGACGGCGACCGCCGCCUGCAGCAGCUCCACACGCGCGCCGUCAAGGAGGCCCUGGCCGCCCGCGACAUUCCCGUUAUCCCGAACCCGUCGCACAUUGUUCCGAUCCUGGUCGGUGACGCCGAGCUGGCCAAGCAGGCCUCGGACAUGCUCCUGGGCGACCACCGCAUCUACGUGCAGUCCAUCAACUACCCGACGGUGCCCGUCGGCCAGGAGCGCCUGCGCGUGACGCCCACCCCGGGCCACGUGGCCGAGUUCCGCGCCGACCUGGUCGAGGCGCUCGACUCCAUCUGGACCGAGCUCGGCAUCAAGCGCACGUCGGACUGGGCGGCCCAGGGCGGCUUCAUCGGCGUCGGCGAGUCCGCGCACGAGGCCGGUGAGGACGCCAAGAACGCGCCACUCUGGAACGACGCGCAGCUGGGCAUCGAGCAGGCGGCCAAGGAGAUCCUGGCCGCGGGUGAGCCGCCGGCCGGUCGCUUCACCGAGUCGCUGCUCGAGCGCGAGGCGGUCACCCUCGGUAGGGCGGCUGCUGCUGCCUAAGGAGGCCUGCGUGGGGGAGUUUAUGUGGAAGUGUGUGUCGCCUGGUACUACUGGUGGGCCGUGUGUGCUGUUUGCCUUUCGUAGGGUGUGGUUUCUAUCGUGUAGAACGGCGGGAGCCUCCCUUUUGGAUUCUGGACUUGAGAAGACAAAUUGAACCAUCAGUUUCUGUGGCUGCCGGUUAGCAGAAAUGCUGGCCGAGAAGCUCGACUAAACUUUUAUGUCUCGCAUACCUGCCUGUGAUUACAUUGCUAGUGACUCGAGAAGCCUGCUUGGAUGGUGUUCAACAACGUGACUCGACGUGUUCACGCUGCGUAUUUUUUUGCCUAGUGC